CAAGCAUGUCCGUGUCGGAGCUGCUGUACCCCGUGCCCCACCAGGGAGGAUACCCGCCCUUCUCCGCCGCGUACAGUGGAGCAGGCCAGAACAGUCCCUCCUUGCCCUACAGUGUUAUGUCGCAUUACGAUCACAGUCCCUCUCACAGUGUCAUGUGCAGCCAACAGUGCCAACCCGCGACGACAGUGUCCCCUCCCGUGUGGUCCUCGCCGCACCCCACCACGUCCUCGUACUCCGAAGGGCGCCCCAGUCCCUCCUGCUCGCCCAUGAGCAGCUGCGAGAGCCUGGAGGCGGGCUCCCCGCGCCCCUGGAACGCCCAAAACGCCGGCCCUGCGUCCUGGUCGUGGGGCGCCCCUGGAACCACGCACCCGCUCCUGGCGGCCUCCUCGUCCUCCAGUUCCUCGUCGAGCUGCGCCUCGUCCAUCCUGGCGUCGCAGGGCAAGCAGACGAAGGCCCGGAGGAAGCCGCCCAAGCCCGUGGCCCGCGACGUGAUCAAGAGGCGCCGCCUGGCCGCCAACGCGCGGGAACGGCGCCGCAUGAACGGCCUCAACGACGCCUUCGACCGCCUCCGCGAGGUGAUCCCGGCGCUCAGCGGCAACCAGAAGCUGUCCAAGUUCGAGACGCUGCAGAUGGCGCAGACGUACAUCACUGCGCUCGCCGAACUCCUGCACUAGAUGUGGCUUCGUCUGCACUGGAGCUGCUCCUUUCCAUAUCUAGUCAGAGCUGAGUCCAUCUGAGCAAUGGAAAAAGUCCUUCCGGAAGGAGUGGGUCUCCCUCUUAGCCAAGUCCCCUUCGGUGAUGUGCUUCUGAUCCCUCGCCGCCCAAGACAGCCCCUUCAAGACAGCCCCUUCGUGACAGCCCCUUCGUGACAGCCGUUGACAGCUAUUUCGGUAACAGCCCCUUCAAAACACCCGCUUCAAGACAGCCGUUGACAGCCACUUCGGAUACAGGCCCCCAGAAGACACCCGCUUCAAGACAGCCACUUCGGAUACAGCCCCCUAGAAGACACCCGCUUCAAGACAGUCCCUCCAAGACAGUCCCCUACAAGACAGCCCCUUGGAAACAGACAGCCACUUCGGAUACAGCCCCCCAGAAGACACCCACUUCAAGACACCCGCUUCAAGACAGUCCCUCCAAGACAGUCCCCUACAAGACAGCCCCCUUCAAAGACAGCCCCCAGCUUUUGCCCUGACUCUCCCGCGACAGUCGAGAGUCACAGGUAGAGCGGCAGGUGACGCUCCGCCCGCAGAGUGUCUCGCGAGAUGUGAUGCUGUGAGGUUACAGGUGAGACGGCGCCCGGCCACAAGAUGCUGUGAGGUCUUCGAGACGCCCAAGGAGAUGCUCCGGUACUAAUGGCAUUUUUUUCUGAUGUUGUUGUUAUUGUUGUUAUUGUGACUUACAAAGUAUUGCUUUUGUUGUUGUUUUGUCCAGUCUUAUUGAGCCAAAGAUAGUUUAUAAGAACAGUCUUGAUUUAAAUGAUAUGUUAUAUGUGAAGAUGCAUAAGAUAUAGAUGCUUGCCAAAAUAAAG